AUGCGCGGCCUCAACGACCUUCGUCUCUACAAUAACAACCUCGUCGGCAACAUCCCACACCAGCUCUGCAGGCUCAUCUCCAUCACGGUACUAGAUUUGUCGAACAACAGGCUCACCGGGGACCUCCCAGACUGCUGGUGCAACUUCCAGGUUCUGUUAUUCAUGGACCUAUCCAACAACCGGCUCACCGGGAAGCUCCCAGACUGCUGGUGGAGCCUAGAGGCUCUGCUGUUCAUGGAUCUAUCCAACAAUUACUUUUCAAGUAAAAUCCCGGCACCUGUGGCAAACCACAACUGCUCUCUUAGGUCUCUUUACCUCGCCGGAAAUGGCUUCGGUGGUGCCUUCCCGCCGGUUCUAGAGGGUUGCAACUCGCUAUCCACCCUGGACAUCGGGAACAACAUGUUCUUUGGUGUUAUCCCUCCAUGGAUUGGGAGUCAGAUCCCAUUAUUGAGAAUCCUUAGCCUCAGAUCAAACAAUUUUACUGGAGAAAUUCCUCCGGAAUUAUCACGGCUUUCGCAACUUCAGCUGCUUGACAUGGCAAACAAUAGCUUGACUGGCUCCAUUCCGGUAUCCUUCGACAACUUGACUUCCAUGAAGCAUCCACGAGAUCCAUCGACUACGGGACUGCUCAGCGACUGGAAGUACAAUGAUAGAAUCGACAUAAUAUGGAAGGACAAGGUGCAGAAAUUCCGAAGAGCGAUCCGGUUAUUAGCCGGCAUUGAUUUAUCAGACAAUUUGCUAUCACAAUGCAUCCCCGAAGAGUUAACCAACCUUCAAGGCCUUCGGUUCCUAAACCUUUCAAGAAACCAUAUGUCGUGCCGCAUUCCGCAAGGCAUUGGUAGCCUCUCUUUUCUUGAGAUCCUUGAUCUAUCAUCUAAUCAACUUUUUGGAAACAUUCCUCAAAGCAUCACACGAUUAUCAGGGCUCAACACGUUAAAUGUCUCGAACAAUCUUUUGUCGGGCAAGAUACCCACCGGGAAUCAGAUUCAGACCCUGACUGACCCAUCAAUUUACUCCAACAAUUCUGGGCUCUGUGGAUUUCCUCUAAACAUUUCAUGUACGAAUACUUCGAUUGCACCGGAUGAGAGAAAUGGUGAAGAGGAGGACCACUGGAUGUACUAUUGUGUGAUUGCUGGGAUUGUGUCUGGUCUCUGGUUGUGGUUUGGGAUGCUCUUUACAAUUAAGUCCUGGAGAUCUGGUUUUCUUUCCUUUGUUGAUGGCAUGCAAUGUAAAAUUAUGAAAAAGUUGUGA